AUGUGGGGGCCUUUCAGGCAGCAGGCCGCUGCCUUCUGUCUCCUCCUAUCGCUGCUGGCCUCUGCAAGAGGUGCAGCCGCUGCAGCAGCCGCAGCAGCUGCUGCAGCAGCAGCUGCUGCAGGUGCAGCAAGUGCAGCUUCAUGGCCUCCCGCAAGGGUGGGGGGCCUCGCGAGCGAACCCCUGACUUUGUCUAGCCGCUUGCAGACAAUUGUUCAGCACACGCAUGACGCGCAGCAGCAGCAGCAGCAGCAGCUGCAGCAGCUGCAGCAGCUGCAGCAGCUGCAGCAGCAACAACAACAACGGGACGGUCUGAGGGGCAGCGGAGUUGCCUACCCGACCUUCUUGCAUGUUGAUCAACAGGAAGGACCUGCUGAUGCUGCUGCUGCUGGGGGAGGAGCAGCAGCACAAGGGCCAGAAGCAGCGACCCCCGCAGCUCCAGUGCAGACAGCAGACAGUGCAGCAGCACCAGCUCCCGCUGCUGCUGCUGCACCGCCGCCCCCUGCUGCACCUUCUGCUGCUGGAAACGGAGCAUCAGAUCCUUCAACAGCAGCAGCAGCAGCAGCACCCGCAGCAGAAUCUGCAGCAGCAGGACAAGGGCCGUUGCAAGCAGCACCAGCACCAGCUCAAGCACAAGCCGGUGCCCCACCGCCUCCACCACCAGCCCAAGCGUCACCAGCUGCAGAAGCGCCUGCAGCAACAGCAGCAGCACAGGAACCAGCAGCAGCAGCAGCAGCAGCAGCACCACCCCCACCACCCCCACCGCCACAAUCAACGCCGACAGAGUCAGCAGCAGCUCCGUCAGAGGCAGCUGCAGCAGCACCAGAAGCAGCAGCGGAAACAGCAGCACCAGCAGCAGCAGCACCACCACCAACACCACCACCAGCAGGAGAAGGAACUGCCCCCACCGAUGCAGCUAACCCUAACCAGCCUGCUGUCUUAACUGCAACAGAUGUGAAGAUGCCGCAGGUGCAGCCGGAAGCAGCUCCUGCAGAAGCAGCAACUCCUGCUGCUGCUGCUGCAGCACCUGCAGCACCGGGAGCAGCACAAACAAGAGAUGCUGCACCUUCGCAAGCACUUACACCACCCGCAGCAGCCCCACUAGCAGAAGGAAUUCCUACAGGCGUUUCUCCCGAGGUCGAUGAUGCAGCAGCAGCAGAAGCUGCAGCAGCAGAAGCUGCAGCAGCAGCUGCAGCAACAGGAGCAACAACUACGGAGAAGACAGACUCUGACGUGUGUCUUGAUGACUGCUCGUGCUGGCCCGUUUGGUCUCUGAGUAUUUUGGUGUUUUGUUUUUACGCUGUUAUUACAUUCAUCGCUUUCUAUAUGACGGCUGCUCUCUACUCCCAGGCAAGCUAA